AUGUUGACAAGCAGGGGACAUCUGAACUAGCCCAACAAGUAUGCGAUGAACUUGGAGUUCUGGCAUCCUCUGUAAUUGGUGUGGAUAUGGAACUGAAGACAGAAGCAAGCCUUCGUCAUGCUCGUACAUUGCUUGCAGCAAAUCAGUUUGGCCAGGCAGCAGCUGUUGCACACUCCCUCUUCUGCAUGUGUUACAAAUUCAAUCUGCAAGUUGAAAAUGCCACUGUUCUUCUCUUGCUUGCAGAGAUCCACAAGAAAUCAGGCAAUGCUGUUUUAGGCCUUCCAUAUGCAUUGGCUAGCCUUUCAUUUUGCCAGUCAUUUAACUUGGAUCUUCUCAAAGCAUCAGCCACUCUCACACUAGCUGAGUUGUGGCUCUCGCUUGGAUCAAACCAUGUAGAAAGGGCUUCAAUCCUUGUACAGGGGGCUCUUCCGAUGAUUCUUGGUCAUGGAGGUUUGGAGCUUCAUGCUCGGGCCUAUAUUGCUGAAGCAAAAUGCUAUUUAUCAAAUCCUAGUUUCUCAGUUUUUGAAAAUUCUGAGGUUGUGCUGGAUCCUUUAAGGCAAGCUACUGAAGAGCUUGAAGUUUUGGAGUAUCAUGAAUUGGCGGCUGAAGCUUUCUACUUGAUGGCCAUGGUAUUUGAUAAAUUGGGGCAGCUAGAAGAAAGGGAAGAAGCUGCAGCUUCAUUUAUGAAACAUAUCAAGGCUCUCGAAAAUCCUCAGGACGAGCAAGAUCCUCUCUUCAAUAUCCACUGAAGAUUGCCAAAGCUGCACACACAUAUAUAUAUGUAAGAAAGUUGUAUCUUGAAUCACACACACACAUAUAUAUAUAUAAUUACCCUUGAAUGUCUUGCCUUAAGCAUCCAAUAUGUUUCUCUUGGAAAGACCAUGUAAACUACUUGUAAAUUAUAGGGCAUUUUAUGUCUUAAUGUGAUCGUUCUUCAAUUGUUGUCACUUUUA